CUCAGGGUUUCACAGUCACUCGGACGAAGGCGGAGCGAGAGGACCGCCCCUCGAGUCUCUCGUAACUGGCGUCGUGAGUGAAUCUUUUCCAGCCAAUUAUCGGCCACAGUAUGAUACAAGUCUUGUAGAGGAGAAACAGAAGAAAGAGAAAGGCGCACAAAGAAGACGAAGAGGAAGAGGACGCUCAGACAAUAAAGAUGGCAGGAGCAAAUAAGAGAACCACGGUCUGUCUGACGACUGUGGCCGUUGUGUUCAUCGUCGUGAUCAUCAUCUUGUGCGUUAUACCGAGGCCCUGCAGGAAGGGCGAGGCCUGCUAUGACGAGGGACAAUCGAAGAAUGCCUUUAUCUCCGGCGUCAUCACUGACACUAGCACCACCCAGACCUCAACCACUAGUACUGAAACCACGACAACUGAAACCACGUCAACUGAAACAAUUGUAGUUACUACGCCUGCGACCGUCAGCGAGACCACAUCUUCGACUACUUAUUCUUCCACUUCAACUUCUAUGUCCACGACAUCCUCUUCUGAAGCCAUGCCACCUGUGACCGAACCAUCGGUCACGGAAACCACUACUGAGACGUCGGACCUCGCUGAAACGACGCCUGUGACAAAGGCAGAUGAGAAUACAACCGAGGUUGUGACAGUAACAGAGACAACUGAGGCAAUAACGGACACAACAGCGGAGACAACGGAGGCUGAAACAACAAUGACAACUACUGAAGAGAUUCCAACAACCACAGAGGAAUAUACUUUCACCUACAUGGAAGGGAGGGACUGUAACACUACAGCUUGCAGACGUCUAGCGGCGCGCAUGCUCGACAUGAUGGACAAUGGGGAUAUCAGCCCCUGUACGGACUUCUACCAGUACUCGUGUGGCGGUGUGGUGGACAACGGCUUCCUCAAACCCGAGAAUCCUCAGUACUAUGUCGACAGAAUUAUCGGAGGAGAGCUCGCGUCAGUGCUUCCGGAUGACCCGGACUUAGGUGCUGCGAAGGUCUUCUUUGACGGCUGUCUGCGGACGAGCAACCAGGGCGUGUUAGAGCGACUGAGCGAUAGCAUGAAAGUGUUCUCGGCCCUUGAAUCGCUGUGCGACGCGACCAGCGGGACGGGCGCUUUUGACCUGACCGAAACCUUGACUACGAUGAUGAAGAUGCAUUUCACUCCACUCUUCGACCUGACGUUAGACGUGGAUGGCGAUGAUCCAGACAGUUUCGUUCUCCGACUCUCUCUCCCGACGUUCACCUCACCCUUCGGCGAGAAUCUGCCGCACACGGUUUGCGUCGGGGAAUACCACUCCGAGCUGGCAGCCGCCAAACAGCGGGGCGGGGUCUUCAACUUGGACGAACAGUACGACAAGUACAACGAGUGUGUGAGGAAAGGCAAAGGCUCGAAUGCUCGUUACAUGAAAAUGAAGGAAAUGGUGAAGAACAUGGAUCUAAUCGGCAAUCACACUGAAGUGAACAUGACGCAAAGGCUCAAUCAAGUCAUAAUCGACCUGGAUUUCUUCAUUCAGCCAAUUGUGCAGGAAUUUCCCGAGAAGUCAACAUUCCGUCUGCAUAAUUUGGAAAAGAAGUACGACACAAUGUCUUUAGCCGAGUUGAUGGCUUUGGAAGGAUUCAGCGAGAAUAUCGACUGGCACAAACUCGUAUCCGAUCUGCUGGGCAUCAGCGCCGACCCCAAGACCAUUAAGUUGCAGGUCUACUUCAAAGACAGGCUGCAGAGAAUCAUCGAGCACGUUAACGAAAAUAUUUACGACGCAUCCAACAUUCAUGCCAUGUUCAUGAUGCUGUGGAGUGAACAGCUGUACAACGACUUCGUCGACCCCCUCGGGGUUGCCAUGGGCUCUCCCGACUACUGCCUCCGCAUCGUCAAGAAUCUCAUGCACGACUUCUCGUCUUACCUCUACCUGGAGGCCUUGGGACCCAGCCUCGACGAGUAUCAGCAACAGAUCAACACGAUGGUCCGACUGACGAAGAAGACGGCCGAAGAGCAACUCCUUCGAGCGCAUCCUUCCUCGUCCAGCAACUUGCUCGUCGAGAAGCUGCGCAAAAUGACCGGCGAGACGAUGGACCUCCAGACCUCAAAAAACAUCCUGGCACAGAGCAUGAUGGGGGUGAAUAGUACUGGGAACUUCAUUGAAGACUGCCGGACACUCCUGCUGCGGUACAGAUCUUACUUAUACAGUAUGUAUACAAGAGGUCCCUCCAAUCCGGAAGUUAUGUGGAAUCAGUUCCUUCUACCUUACAAAAGUUACGGUACCUACGUCUACGCCAUGAACAAAUUCUUGAUCCCGUACGGUGCCAUGACGCCGCCGCUCUUCUAUGGCGACGACGUCCCCAAUUACAUCAACUUCGCUGGCAUUGGGCACAUGAUCGCUCACGAGCUCAUGCACAGCUUUGACGGCACAGGUAUCUACUACGACGGUGAAAAAAGGAACCAGGAUAAGAUCCCUGAGAGUCACCUUUAUGUACCUCAUACUGAGUGUCUGUCAGAAAAACUCAUUUAUCCCCAAGUUGUUAAUACAACAGCAGACCUUGACACAAACUUCACGCUGCCGCACCGCCUGGCCCUCAACGAACUUCUUUCGGACUCGGCGGCCACCAGACUGGCUUGGGAAACCUACAUCUCCUUACUCACAGACGCUGCCGCUCCAACAUCGUCGCCAAGCACACCUCUCACAGGUGGCCGGGGUGGAGGCAGCCAGACCAGCCGCCGGCGACGGUCCCUGGACUGGUACCCCCCGGGGGCUCGGGCCAAACGCCAGGCCUUGAUGCCGCCUCCGGCACCUCCUAAGCCCUUGCCUUCGACCAACACUUCGGAGCCAAAGCUGCCUUUCCUGGACCUGACACCCAUUCAACUCUACUUCCUCCGCACAGCACAGACGCAGUGCAGCGCCACCAGUGACAUCAUGUUCAACGUCAAGGAGGAUGAGCACCUGCCGUCUCGCCUCAGAGUGAACAUGGUGCUGAUGAACGACCCGCUGUUCGCCGAGGCCUUCCAGUGCCAGCGGGGGUCGCCCAUGGUGGCCGAGGAGCAGUGCGACUUCUCCUUGGGGUAGAGCAGGGCGUCGCCAUCAGAGCUCUAUCUCUUUCCUCUCUCACUCUUUCUAUGCGCACGCAAUCUUGUACACUCAUACGCGCGGCACACACACACACACACACACACACACACACACACACACACACACACACACACACACACACAGCCUUUUGCUUUGUAACGUCCUAUCACUUCAUGAUAGAAUGCCAUGCUAGACAUUACCCCCUGUCAAGUAUCACAGUGAUUUUUCAUAUGGAUCAAAUAAAUACUAUUUAAUUAUCUGUGAAUGAAAGACAUCUGUGAACCGAUUCACAAGUGUUUGCACACAAGAAGAAAAGGGAAAAAUGACAUGGAAAUAAUCUGUCUCUGUCUCUUUGUCUGUCUGUCUUCCAGUGUUUCCUCUCUCUCUCUCUCUCUCUCUCUCUCUCUCUCUCUCUCUCUCUCUCUCUCUCUCUUUGCCUUUUCCUUUUACUGUUUCUUUUUUUCCGCAACCUUGAUUUAUUAAAGGAGCUUCUAUUUAUCCUUUUAGACAGCGAUAUCACCGAAUGGGAAUUCUGAUUCAUCCAACAUAUUUUUUCCCAGCUGGAUGUUGCCUUCGAAGCUCACUUUUUAUAUUUAGAAAUAUGAAUGUCCAGAGUGAAAUACAUUCACUUUUUCUCUCCUAUGUUGUUUUGAUACAUGCAAGUGCAAUUAUUUAAUGUUGUCGUGAAUGUGUGAAUGAAACCCUGUGGAUAUUGUAUUAGCAAUAAAAAGAUGAUUUCCUCA